AGGAAAAUUUUGCCCAGAGAGGAGAGUGGCAAACUCUAUUACUAGUAUACUCAAUACUGAAGUAAUCUGUGGAAUGGAAUAAAAAUUAAAAAAAUACUUGAUGAAAGUUGUAACUUGGGUGUUGGUGAAAACUUAAAAUUGAAAACUUGAUACACAGGAUUUCGUUUACUUAAUGUGCAGUUUUAAAGAAAAUUUAAAUUUCAAACUCUUUCACUGGGAACUUUUUAAAAAAGUAGAAUAGAAUAUUAAGUGUGUUGCUAUGUGGAUUGUGAAUAACACAAGUUUAUAAUAGGGCUUGGCUGAAGCGAAUUUAGAGGAACUGAAAAUAUACUACUAAUAGAACCACCUUAUUUGAAAGUCCACUAUGUUUUCAAAGAAAAAGAAGAAGCCUCUUAUUUCACCACCAAGUAAUUUUGAACACAGAGUGCACACUGGUUUUGAUAGAAGAGAAAACAAGUUUGUUGGUUUGCCAUUGCAAUGGGCUUCACUAGUUGGAAAUAACCAGAUAUUAAAAUCUUCAAAUCGACCAUUACCUUUAGUUGAUCCUUCAGAAAUCACACCAACAGAGAUUUUAGACCUAAAAACUGUUGUAAGAGGUGAUCACCGGACAUCAUCAGUUGCAGCCAUUUCAAGACCAACUUCCACAAACCCAAUAACACAACCUGUACAGAAUGGUGUUAUAUUACCAAAAAUGUCUAAUGUUGCUCGGUCAAACUCUUUGAGGAGUUCAAGUCCACCAAGAAUAAGAAGAGACCUGAGGGGUCAGGCAAAUAUUCCACCAUCAGUACCUGAAGAGUCACCUUCUGUACAACAAGCACCACAGUACCCAAGUUUAAGGCGUGAACAGAGCAAUUAUACACUUAAUCAGCCAGUUCGAGAAUCACCUGAUGAAUGGUCUCAACAUGCUCAUGAAACAGCUAUAAGAUCUAUGAAUGACGUUAAUGAAAAUCCACAAUCAAAUAUUACGUAUCAAAACAUACAAAAUGCCAAUGUUCCAUACCAACACAGCCACCCACCUCCUCAGCCUACUUUGCAUCAACCACAAAUUGGAAUGAAUGGAAACAAUAUAAAUAUAGGUGAUGCAUAUGGCGUACGAAUCCAACAUCCGGGUGCCCCAGCUCUCUCUGCCUCUAAACACGAGCUACGCUUGACACAUGAACAGUUCCGCGCUGCUCUCAGACUCGUAGUAAGCGAGGGUGAUCCUCGGGAGACGCUAACUGGCUUCAGCAAGAUUGGGAAGGGAAGUACGGGGGUGGUUUGCGUAGCCACAGACACGAGGACUCGGCGACGAGUAGCCGUCAAGAUGAUGAACCUACGCAAUCAGCAGAGGAGGGAAUUGCUGUUUAAUGAAGUGGUAAUAAUGCGAGACUAUCCACACCCAAACAUCGUAGAAAUGUACGCAUCGUACCUUGUCGGGAAUGAAUUGUGGGUCGUCAUGGAAUAUAUGGCGGGUGCUUCGCUCACACAAAUUGUGACGCGCGCGCGCAUGGACCCAGAACAAAUAGCCACAGUGUGCAAGCAGUGCUUAAAGGCGUUGGCGUUUUUACAUGGACAAGGUGUUAUUCACCGAGACAUCAAAUCUGACUCGAUUUUGAUGACUGCUGAUGGACGCGUCAAACUUUCUGACUUCGGAUUUUGUGCUCAGGUUUCACAGGAGCUACCAAAGCGUAAAUCCCUAGUGGGGACCCCAUACUGGAUGUCCCCAGAAGUUGUAUCUCGAUUGCCUUAUGGCCCAGAGGUGGAUGUGUGGUCAUUGGGCAUUAUGGUCAUUGAAAUGAUUGAUGGGGAACCCCCAUUCUUUAAUGAACCACCGUUGCAGGCCAUGCGUCGAAUCCGGGACAUGCCUCCCCCCAGGCCCCGUGGAGCGUCUCGCUGCCCUCCAGACCUGACUUCGUUCCUGGAGUGCGCCUUAGUUCGGGAUCCAGCUCAACGGCAUACGGCUGCGAGGCUACUCCACCAUCCCUUGCUACGACGCGCUGGUCCACCUGCUUUGUUAGUACCUUUGAUGCCACAAUGAUAACAUCAUUUUAACAC